ACAAAUAGUGAACAGAGUUUUGUGUGCUGGUGGAUGUUGCUAAAUAUUUUUCGUUUCAAGGAAAUGCCAAUGAAAAACUGUUUCGUUUAUUUGUGACAAAAGUAAACGAUUUAUGUGAACUAAAAUUAAAGCUUAGCUUGAUACAGUUGUGACUUAUGAAGUUGUGUAACCUUGGGACAAAAAAUUGAAGUGAAACAUGCAAAAUUAAACACAGUAAAAUGGAAUUAACAUAGCAAGAAAACAAUGAGUGCUCAAAGUGGGUGUGUCAGUUGCAAUGGGGGCUCAGAGUUGUAUGACAAUAAGCAUGAAGUGGACUGCUCUGAAGGGGAGGAUGCCCAGAUCAGGCUGGCUCCCCAUGUCCAGGCAUAUCUGGCACACAACAACCCCACCACCAACUGCUGUGGCUUUGCUAUACCCAUUGCCUUUGAAAGAGCAGCCCCAGGAACCUGGUGGAACCCUAGAUUUGACUCAGAAAUACUUGAAGGCCAAUACAGAAGUAGUUCCUUUAGGCAAAUUAGGUUAAGAUUCAGAUUUGCACUUUUAUACAUUUUAAUAUUUUCUAUAUCAUGGUUUGUCUACUUUGUAGUUCUUGGGCUACAUGGCAUAACAGUCAAGUGGCCAUUUCUGUGUUCAAUUUUUGCUGCAGUUGUCUUGAUAACUUGUGUAAUGUUAUUUAUCACAUUUACUGAUAUUUAUAAGAUUUUUACAUUUCGAAUCUCCCUAAUAAUGGCAUUGGCUCUUUGCAUCCUCAGUUUGUCUCUUGUAACUUUGACCACACAACUGGAAACAUCUUUCCCUCAAGUGGCAGAUAUAAGUCAAUCGGGUCAUUUUACUAUUUGUAUUGAGAUACUUUUGAUCAUAUACACAUUGACACCUCUGCCAUUGUUUGUAUGUGUUAUUAUAGGGAUAUUAUACUCCAUAGUUUUUGAAAUCCUUAAUAUUAUUCUGCAUUUAUCUGAACAAGAAUGGCAAUAUCCUGGAAUGUUUGUGAGAGUUUUGCUCCAACUCUGUGUGCACAUAAUUGGGGUUCAUAUUUAUUUGAUGACUUUUGUAAGAAUGCGCGGCACAUUUAUGAAAGUAGGGCAAAGUUUAUUAGUAAGAAGACAGCUGGAGAUGGAAAAACAAUUGAAGGAAAAAAUGAUACAUUCAGUCAUGCCACCGAAACUGGCAAGUUGGUUAAUGGAGGAGCAAGUUUUAGAAGGUGAAACUAACUUUAAGGCCCAACAUCCACUUAAUCAAAGAACAUCUCACCCUGGAGCUGGUGAUAUCAAGUCAUUAUUCAGGCCUUUCAAUAUGAGCUGCAUGGAUAAUGUCAGCAUAUUGUUUGCUGAUAUUGUGGGUUUUACGAGGAUGUCCAGUAACAAAGGUGCUGAGGAAUUAGUGAAUAUAUUGAAUGAUUUAUUUGAGAAAUUUGAUGAGCUGUGUCAUAUACAUGGAUGUGAGAAGAUUUCCACUUUGGGCGAUUGUUACUACUGUGUCUCUGGAUGUCCUGAGCCCAGACUGGAUCAUGCAACAUGUUGUGUUGAAAUGGGCCUUGGUAUGAUAGAAGCUAUUCAAGAGUUCGAUAGAGAGCGCGGCGAGGGUAUCAAUAUGAGAGUAGGAGUUCAUACUGGAACGGUUUUAUGUGGAAUUGUUGGCACACGAAGGUUCAAAUUUGAUGUAUGGAGCAAUGAUGUGUCAUUUGCAAAUAAAAUGGAAUCGACUGGUAAACCGGGCCGCGUACAUAUUUCAGAAGAAACAAGUAAAUUUUUGGGUGGUUCCUACGUAUUAGAAGAAGGCGAAGAGGUAUUUGGUCAUAAAACCUACUUCAUUGAGGGACGUCAGCUUAAUUCGCCUUACGACCACGAUCACUGUAUCACACCUUCGAAUCCCAUUAAUCCUCGCCUCAUCAUAUCUCCCGCAGUUUCUCCGCAGUCCAAUUUCACUUUCAACCAUUCUCCUCUCCCGUUCACCGUGCAAACGCACGCAUCAGACGACAAGGUCACCUGUAAUAUUGAUACAAAUAGCUCAAAUUUCCUCUCCCCCAAUCCAUUCAACUUUCGCACGAAGGCCAGUUCGCUGCCGAGUAUACUUGACUCCGACGCUGAAUUGGACGAGAAGAGGGAAAAGGAGUUUGUCGAAAGUAACGAUACGUCAUCAAAAAGUCCGACGUCUGUUGGCAGUUACGGCAAGUAUACGAAUAAAUUGAAAAAUUGGAAGGUGCCCAGGUUUCUGAGGAAACAUUCGGACACACCUCUCCAUGAGAUGAAGAAGCAGAACUUUAGCGACAAAACGAUACAUUACCUGGAAAGGGGCGAUGAGAACACUACUCAGUCGAACAACGGUUACCAUCAAGUGCCUAUAGUAAUAGAGUCUCAGGAUAGUAAGCAGAGGCCUGCGCAGAGCAGCAGCAAGAUCAACGUGCCGCAGGGACAAGACGUGGCCUCCUUCGAGAAAGAGAUUAUCGACAUCAGAUCUUAUUUGAGUCAAUCGAGAAGCAACAUGUCGCCGUUUGCUAGAAGCAGUAGCUAUAGAUCACACUAUGGGAGGCCGAAUUUAGAGACACCAGUGAGUAGAGCACGGAGCUCUACCCUGGCGACUCAGGGUGAUUUAAUACGGCCAAAAGACCGCCGAUUGAACCUUCCCUUGCCGUCUCAGUCGCCCAGGGUACAAGAUGACUCGGUCAGCCUGUGCCCAUCUGUCAAUAGUCGCAAGGACUCCGGUAUAAGAAGUACCAGCCGAAGGUCCAGUAUACAACAACAGAUAUUCGCACUGAAUCAGACCGCAUUAGCGACCUCUCAGAAUGAUAUAAUGCAGCACAGAGUCUCCGGUUAUUAUACUUCGAGUCAAUCAUCGUUGAAUGAUGUACCAUCCCGUACCCGUUUACCUCCGCCGCUCAACGAACAACAAGUGCAGUCCCUACAGAAGUUGCGUAAGCAAUCGGAUCUGCAACUGAUACGAUGUGUCCAAGACAACGCCAGGUCGGGAAUAAGCUACUUCGUUCAACCACCUCUAAACACUUUCACGUUAUUUUUCAAGUCACCAGAAAUGGAGAGACAUUAUCGUGAUAAAGCCCACAGAAGCGAUGAUAGCGAAGAUUUCCCACCCACUUUAACUACGUCCAGAUUCAAUACGGCGCUAGAUAUACUCGUAUCGGCGAUCAUUUUUGUUGCUGUUACCAUAUCAAUAUUCGUAUUGUACUCCGAAUGGCGUCAUUCUUACGGUUGGGUGAUAUUUUUCUUUGUCAUAGAAGCUUUGGCGAUAUCACUUUGUGUGUAUCGACAUUACUUGAAGUGGAAAACUAAAAAUGAACCUCUAGUCACCAAUACGAUCAGAAGAUCUGUUAAAAUAUUCAGGAAGCUCUCGGAUUGGUUCCCCUGGCAUCUGUCCGGUAGUCUGCUGAUCAGUUUGCCGAUAUUGGCCGUUCUAAUCAACUUUUCAUGCAUGAACACAACGAUGACUAUACUCAAGGGUGAGCAAUCGUUUUACGUUUAUCUCUUGUGCAUUGGAAUAGUCGAGUUCUGUAAUUUUACUCAAAUGAAUUGGCUUGUUAAGAACACAUUGGUCACCUUAUACGCUGGCCUAUUCCUGUUCUUCGCAGUGCUCGGUUGUCGUGAAGUUAAUACUCAGUUGAUAGAUGGCGAUUUUCAGUUCAGCUCCAAUCCACAAGCUGUCGCGCGUAACUUAACCUUUAUGAGUAUGAUGAAUGGUACCUACGACGAUUGGAUGGAUAGAAACGGUACUGAAUUAUUUGAAGGAGUGCGACAUAAAAUGCAUUUAACAGAACUUUACUUGGAUGUCGCUCUAUUGCUGAUGCUCGUUUGGUUCCUUAAUAGAGAAUUUGAAAUCAGUUACCGAUUGAGUUUUUAUAGUAAUGUCGUGGCAAAUCUUGAUAAGCAGAAAGUCCAGAACAUGAGAAACCAAGCGGAUUGGCUCCUCCAUAAUAUCAUACCGCGCCACGUGGCCGAUCAAUUAAAGAACACCGCGAAGUAUUCGGAAAAUCAUAAAGACGUCGGCAUUAUAUUCGCGAGUAUAGUCAACUUUAACGAAAUGUAUGACGAAUCGUACUUGAAGGGAAAAGAAUAUUUGAGAGUUCUCAACGAACUGAUCGCUGAUUUCGAUGAACUGCUGGAGAGGCCGCAGUUUCAACACGUCGAGAAGAUAAAGACCAUAGGUAGCACUUUCAUGGCUGCGAGUGGACUUAAUCCCGACUUGAGACACGCUUCUCGAGGAACGUACGAUCAUUUGUACCAAUUAAUGGAUUUCGCGCUUGAAAUGCAGAAAGUUGUCGAUAAUUUCAAUCAGGAUUUACUCGAGUUCGAUUUCAUCUUACGCAUCGGGUACAAUUUUGGUGACGUCACCGCGGGCGUCAUAGGGACCACUAAACUCUACUACGACAUUUGGGGUGAUGCAGUUAACAUAGCGUCGAGAAUGGAUUCUACUGGCGUCGUCAAACGUAUCCAGGUAGGCGAAGCUUGUAUUCCAGUUCUCUCUGCCAAGUACGACUUCGAACCUCGUGGCAGGGUCUAUGUAAAAGGUAAAGACGACAUGAAUGUAUAUCUCGUUGCCGGUAAAAAGGACACUUAGAUUAGAAAAUUAUAUUUAAAAAAAACGUAGAAUCUGUGAUUUAAUUAUUUAUAUUUUUUUAUGACAUUAUGAAGCGGAAUACUAUAUUUAUGGUAAAAAAAAAUC